GACACGAGGCAGCUAAUCCAAGAUUUGACCCACAACCUUUCCCCCACUAGUAUUCUAAAAUUUCUCUAUAUAUAGACACACCCAUCGCAGGACUCGGAUCAUUGCCUCCCCUCCUUUUCAUUCUAGUCUUCAUACGUUACUUUCGUCAAUCAAUCAGUUAAAGAUGGCUGAAGAAACCAAUGGAAGUGAAAAUAGAAGUACACCCAGACUGAAUGAGAGGAUCCUUUCAUCUAUGUCGAAGAGAACUGUUGCUGCACAUCCUUGGCAUGAUCUUGAGAUUGGACCUGGAGCUCCUACCAUCUUCAAUGUUGUUGUUGAGAUAACAAAGGGAAGUAAGGUCAAAUAUGAACUAGACAAGAAGACAGGACUUAUUAAGGUUGAUCGGAUUUUGUACUCAUCAGUGGUCUAUCCUCAUAACUACGGUUUCAUACCUCGCACAUUGUGUGAAGAUAAUGAUCCCUUAGAUGUAUUGGUUCUCAUGCAGGAGCCUGUCCUUCCUGGUUGCUUUCUACGAGCCAGGGCCAUUGGACUUAUGCCUAUGAUUGACCAGGGAGAGAAAGAUGACAAAAUCAUUGCAGUUUGUGCUGAUGAUCCAGAGUACAAGCAUUACACUGAUAUCAAACAGUUGGCUCCUCAUCGCCUUUCUGAGAUCCGUCGUUUCUUUGAAGAUUACAAGAAAAAUGAGAACAAAGAGGUUGCAGUUAAUGAGUUCUUGCCUUCAAACCAUGCUGUUGAUGCCAUCCAGUACUCCAUGGACCUUUAUGCUGAGUACAUUCUGCACACGCUGAGGCGGUAGACAAAAUCCAAGGCAAUGCACGCAGGCUUCGUUCCACAAUUUUUUGCCUCUGGGGAUUUCUUUAUUUUGAAUAAUUUGUUUAAUCAAUGAUUGUUUAAGAUUAUAUUUUAAAUUUCAUUUUUUGACUUCCUAUAAUCUAGAUGAUAAUUGGUGCUUGUUUGUUUCAAACAAUGCUGUGACAAGAGAUUAUCAAUGAUAUUAUUUUAAUACAAAA